AUGUCUUCAAUUGGAGUUGCUUGUGCUGAGGUGUACGUGAAGCAAAAACGGCAGAUGGAGAAAAUGAAGAGAAUGGAGGAGGAAAGAGUGGGAAGAGGAGAAAAUGUCAUUGAAGAAAGGAAAGUUGGUGGUUCUAGUACUUCUACAAGUGGAAAGAGCAAGAAGAAGGUCCAUCCAGGCAGUUUUCCUGGCUCGGAGUCUGUAGGGAAGCAAGGGAAGUGA